AGAUCACAGCCAGAGCUGAAACCAGGAGUCAGAUGCUUCACCGACUGAGUCCCCCAGGCGCCCCCAGCCUGGAGAUUUUUAAAGUGAACGGGCCUGCCAUCUGGGUCUGAGCUCUGUGCCCUCGGGGUGACAUUAGCUGUGGGAAACCACUGUUGAGGUGCCGCCUUCUGCCUGGGAGCUUCGGGCCGGGGAGGGGGGCGGAGGGACAGUGUCCAGAGCCGCUGGAGGACCACAGUCCUGGGGGCAGGGGCUCACCCCUCCGGCCCCCGGCACCAGCCAUCCUCGGGGUGCUCGGAGCUGACCUGCCUGGCUGCGACCUUGCCGGUGGAAGCGGGGACGGCCUCAUGGGUCCUCCAGCCAAGAGGAGUGGAGGGCAUUCUUUUGAGAACAAACUCCUUAAAAACAAACCUUGGACCGUCUUGCUUGGGUCUCAAGACGGGAGACUGAGAGCCUGGUGACGCUUGCGGUCUCCGUGGCGGGUGGGGGGCUGGAGGCCGGCUGGAGGGGCAGGAGCCCAGCUCCCCUGGGAGCAAAGGUGGACUCACACACCGGGCCUUUUCUUUCUGUCCAGAGGUUUAAGAUUACCAUCAGUCUGCUCGUGUUUGAAAUCCUCUGAGCAGAACGUGGAAGACAGGAGGGAGAGGACAGGGUUUGGGGUUUGGUUUGGUUUUAACCAGGGAAAUGUGCCUCCUCGUGUUUCAUGUUAAGGCCAGACUGAGGCAAUCGGAAAUCAUUAGCUUCGGUCUGACUGUGGCCGCCGUCGGCGCCGUUCCUGGAACGCGAUUUGAUGGUCCUGGAUCCGGAGACAGGCCGCAAAUGCAGCGGUCCCAGGGCCUUUUGGGGGAGAGCGGCUCAUUGUCCCCCGGGUUCAGCGUGAGGGAUCCUCAUUCUGGUGCUGGGCAGAGAGAUCCAGAAAGCGUCCACUGGGACCCGAAGCGCACGCCCAGAGAAGUGACACGAAGGACGCGUACUCAUGUUUGACUGCUGGAGGUUUGUCCUGUGCAAGAAAACUGGACGCAACCAUCAUUCUUCCCGGAGAGGCUCCGAUGAGGCCGAAAAAGAAGAAGGUGACCCUCAGAUCGACGUACCUGACGUCCUCAGGCUUGUCAGAGACCCACCAGAGGGGUCACAUUCACCUGCAGAUGAAAUCAUGCACCGGGACAUCACCCCACUCUGCGCCGCAGACAUCCAGGACCAGCUGAAGAAGCGCUUUGCAUAUCUGUCUGGUGGGCGCGGGCAGGACGGCAGCCCCGUCAUCACCUUCCCGGACUACCCGGCCUUCGGCGACGUCCCCGACAAGGAGUUCCAGAAUGUCAUGACCUACCUCACCAGCAUCCCCAGAUGCUGUGAGCCUGUGGACGCCUCGCGGAUUUUCUCCCAAAAGUGUAGCAAUGCCAUCAAGAGCGAUUUUAUAACAUGGACACACAGGGGGACCUCAGAUGCCAGGACUGAUGUGACCUUACAAGAUGCUGGCAUUGGAUUCAUCCUGGUCAUAGACCGAAGGCAGGACAAAUGGACCUCGGUGAAGGCAUCAAUCCUGCGAAUAGCAGCGUCCUUCCCAGCAAACCUCCAGCUCGUCCUGGUUCUGCGCCCAACGGGGUUUUUCCAAAGGACUCUCUCCGACCUCGCGUUCAAGUUCAAUAGAGAUGACUUCAAGAUGAAGGUGCCGGUCAUAAUGCUGAGCUCAGUACCAGAAUUACACGGUUACAUCGACAAGUCCCAGCUGACCGAGGACCUGGGCGGGACCCUGGAUUACUGCCACACCAGGUGGCUGUAUCACCGCACAGCGAUUGAAAGUUUCGCCCUCAUGGUUAAGCAGACAGCUCAGAUGCUGCAGUCCUUCGGGACCGAGCUGGCUGAAACGGAGCUGCCCAACGACGUGCAGUCGACGAGCUCGGUGCUCUGUGAGCAUACAGAGAAGAAGGACAGAGCAAAGGAGGACAUGAGGUUGGCCCUGGACGAGGGGCAGAGCAUCCUGGAGAACAUCAGGGAGCCACUGGCCAAGAGCGGGGAGCAGAGCCUGAACCAGGACCAGCUGGAUAACCAGACCACUGUGCAGAGGCUCCUGGCGCAGCUGAGCGAGACUGAGGCUGCCUUCGAUGAGUUCUGGGCAAAGCAUCAGCAGAAACUCCAACAGUGUCUGCAGCUCCGGCAUUUUGAACAGGACUUUCGAGAGGUCAAAGCCUCUUUAGACACACUGGCCCAGAAGAUAGCAACCUUCACCGAUGUGGGCAACAGCCUGGCGCACGCAGGGCACCUCCUGAAGGACCUUGCCAGCUUUGAGGAGAAGUCGAGUGCCUCUGUAGAGCGGGCCCGCGCCCUGUCCCUGGAGGGCGAGAAGCUCAUUGACAGCAAGCACUAUGCCGUGGACUCCAUCCGCCCCAAGUGCCACGAGCUCCAGCACCUCUGUGACCAGUUCGCGGCCGAGGUGGAGAGGCGGAGGGGGCUGCUCAGCAAGUCCCUGGAGCUGCACGGCCUCCUGGAAGCAUCCAUGAGGUGGUGUGAUGAGGGGAUCUACCUGCUAGCCUCACAGCCUGUGGACAAGUGCCAGUCCCAGGACGGCGCGGAGGCGGCCCUGCAGGAAAUUGAGAAAUUCCUGGAGACCGGUGCAGAGAAUAAGAUCCAAGAGCUCAAUAAAAUUUACCAGGACUACGAGUCCAUCCUCACCAAAGACCUGAUGGAGCACGUGCAGAAGGUCUUCCAGAAGCAAGAGGGCAUGGAGGAGAUGUUCCACCGGAGACAGGCAAGCCUGAAGAAGCUGGCAGCCAAGCAGACGCGGCCCGUGCAGCCCGUGGCCCCCCGGCCAGAGGCGCUCACAAAAUCGCCCUGCCCCUCCCCAGGCAGCCGGAGAGGCUCUGAGAACAGUUCUGAGGGCAGCGCGCUCCGGAGAGGGCCCUACAGGAGGGCCAAGAGCGAGAUGAGUGAGAGCCGGCAGGGCCGGAGCAGCUCCACGGGGGAUGAGGAGGAAAGCCUGGCCAUCUUGCGGAGGCAUGUGAUGAACGAGCUCUUGGACACGGAACGGGUCUACGUGGAGGAGCUGCUCUGUGUCCUGGAGGGCUAUGCCGCUGAGCUGGAUAACCCGCUCAUGGCGCACCUCGUGUCACCGGGCCUCCAGAACAAGAAGGACGUUCUCUUUGGAAACAUGGAAGAGAUUUACCACUUUCAUAACAGAAUAUUCCUAAGGGAGCUGGAAGACUACGCAGGCUGCCCAGAGUUGGUUGGAAGGUGUUUCCUGGAACGGAUGGAAGAGUUCCAGAUCUACGAGAAGUAUUGUCAGAACAAGCCGCGCUCCGAGAGCCUGUGGAGACAGUGUUCCGACUGCCCGUUCUUUCAGGAAUGUCAGAGGAAGCUGGACCACAAGCUGAGUCUGGACUCCUACCUGCUGAAGCCGGUGCAGAGAAUCACCAAGUACCAACUGCUGCUCAAGGAGAUGCUAAAAUACAGCAAGAGCUGCGAGGGGGCCGAGGACCUGCAGGAGGCACUGAGCUCCAUCCUGGGCAUCCUCAAGGCUGUGAACGACUCCAUGCACCUGAUCGCCAUCACCGGCUACGACGGGAACCUGAGUGACCUGGGGAAGCUGCUGAUGCAGGGCUCCUUCAGUGUCUGGACGGACCACAAGAAGGGCCACACCAAGGUGAAGGACCUGGCCAGGUUCAAGCCCAUGCAGCGGCACCUCUUCCUGCACGAGAAGGCUGUGCUCUUCUGCAAGAAGAGGGAGGAGAACGGUGAAGGGUACGAGAAAGCCCCUUCCUACAGCUACAAGCAGUCCCUGAACAUGGCGGCCGUCGGCAUAACAGAGAACGUGAAGGGCGACGUGAGGAAGUUUGAGAUCUGGUACAACGCCAGGGAGGAGGUGUACAUUGUACAGGCACCGAGCCCUGAAAUCAAAGCUGCGUGGGUGAGUGAGAUCCGCAAGGUGCUGACCAGCCAGCUGCAAGCCUGCAGAGAAGCCAGCCAGCACAGAGUGCUCGAGCAGUCCCAGAGCCUGCCUCUGCCCGCACCGCCCAGCACCAGUCCCUCGAAAGGGAGCACGAGGAACAUCAAGAAGUUGGAAGAAAGGAAAACUGACCCCCUCAGCCUGGAAGGAUACGUGAGCUCCACGUCGUUGCCGAAGCCCCCCGAGAAGGGCAGAGAUGACACGGUCACUAGCUCUACCUCAGAAAGCUCCGCGCUUUCCAGAAAGCGCUUUACUCUGCAGGGCUUUGCUAACCUCAGAGCUCAGAAAGCUUCUCCUACCAGCCCUGACAAAAAAGCUAAGCGACACGAAGUAAAGAGCGACCCAACGCCUUUUGGUUUACGAGGUUGGAGCAAAACGUCUCAGCCCUCUGAGGCCCCUGAGGACAAUGACGGCUGGUCCAGUGCCGAGGAGCUGAUUAAUUCCUCAGAUGCAGAGGAGGAAGGCAGAGUGGGCGCCAGGAAGCUGGUUCCAGGAAAGUACACGGUCGUGACGGGCGACGAGAAGGAAAGCCCCGACGCGCUUGCCGUGAGAAGUGGGGAUGUGGUGGAGGUGGUCCACGAGGGCGACGAGGGCCUUUGGUAUGUCAGGAACCUGACCUCCAGCAAGGAGAGCUGGGUGCCGGCCAGCAGUCUGUCCACGCUCCUCAGCACGUCCGGCUCGGCUCAGUGCCUGAGCAGCUCAGAGUCCAGUGCGGGGUCCACCCUGCUGAGCACCUCCUCCAGCUGCAGCGAGAGCUGUGGGGCCCCCCUCUCAGACCUCCAGGGGUAGCGCCGGGCCCUGCAGGAGGCCGUGCAGCCUGCGAGCCUCUAAGUUUUCCUUUGCUUGGGCUUGCUUAGUUUGGUGAGGGGACGGUGCUCUAAGACCCUGGGGAAGGAGGACCCUGACAAGACCCCGAGGAGCCGCCUGCCGCCCACGGAACUUCGAGGUGCAGACGCAGGGGCCCGCAGAGGGAAGGUUCUGGAAGGUUCUGCCCCGUGGCCUCCACGCCGGGACCACCGCCGACGAGGGUGCAGAAGCCAGUUGCACAGGAGGACCAAGGUACACUGAGCUUUCCAGGAAAACCAGGACAGAACGAGGGCGCCAGGCCGUGGAGAGGAGCCCGUCCCAGCCGCUCUGCGUGGUUCCAGGCAUUUCUGGUCUGGUGCUUCCUGCAGGAAUAGGCAUAUGUUGUGGGAGUGACGAGUCCACUGACCCAGCAGCUCGGUGGGGGAACUGUUUUGUCUUUUACAAGUUUUUUUUAAAGCAGGGAUUAAUUCCAUGGCCAUUUUUUGUGGUACUCUGGCCGCUAAUCUUUACCAAGAAUCACUGUGUUUACAUGAAAUGACAAUUUGAUACUGUAUUUGAUACAAAACUAUUUUCUGUUACCGGGGUUUACACAACAGCACGUUGUUUAUACUGCUGGGAGGUAUGGGGGCUCUCGUGGGGACAGAAGCCCUCGCCAAGGCCCGCCGGGCUACAGGCAGAUGAACACACGCCCCCCGAUAAAAUCCAGCAGCAUUUCUACAAACAGAGGCAGUGGAAACCAAGGAGAGUCCCUUAUCUGUGCAGGUUAAUUUUCAAAAGAAUAUUUAAACUAUAAUUUAAGAUAUUUAGCUUCUUUUCUACAAAAAAAUGGAACUUGAUUUUUUUAACUAGCUUCACUGAAUUAGGAUUUUUUAUUGUUUUUAAAGAAUAAGUAAAGAUGUGGUUUUUGUAGGGUGCCCUUUGAGCGAGCAGUACCCGCGCGGGCUCGGUGAAAGCGCCAGCCUCCGGAGGCCCCCACCGCCGCCUCCCGCGCUCGGUAAAUCCCCCGAGCUCGGAAACGCAAGGAGUUCAUUACUGAAACCGAGGCAGAACCAGAAAGAAAACUCUUGUGUUUUACCUUUUUGUGUUUCAGAAACAAAUUCUGUUCUUCGGAAACACUGUCUGUAUCUGGUGGGGGCAGAUAUUUUUAUACGUGUGCAUAUGUGGGUGUGUGUACAUAGGUGUCCCGUGUCAGGGAUGCACCACGGCCCCCGCGAUGCUGGAAACUGUCACUUCACAGCCCUCCCUGAGCCCCGCGCCUGCCGUGCCCGCUGCGCCUGCCCGCCGCCUGCAAGGCCCCCUCUGGCCCACCUCUGCAGUGCGUCCCAACAGCUUUCCUCGGUGUCUGGUUGUGGGAACGUGACGCUUCUGCAGGUUCCUCCACGCGCUGCUCGUCCAGAGUCCACCCCUGCCGCCUCGGCCGUGUCACCACCACUGGGGGCCCAUCUUCGUUAAGGCACUUUAAAACCUCCUGUCCCGUCACUGCUUCUUGUUUCGUUUCAGGUCUUUUUUUUUUUUUUCUUUCUGCUGAUGUAAUGAAAUUUAAAAAUCAGAGUUCUUUAUUGUAUGGAUGGAGUUUGAAUAAAUAUCAGCCCCUCUCGCUGUCUGCACAGAAUUCCUCAUGUGCGGCGUUGUUUAUCGUGCUCACGUACAUCUGCACAGCACCUCGAGCUCCCAUGAGAAAUG